UUUUCUUUUUUUCAUCCCACAUUUUAGUAUCUGUUUCUAUUUUUAAUAAAAGUAUGUGAGACCCUUACUCUACUUUAAUUAUUUUAACACUGCACAUAAAAGGUGGGACCCUUAUUCACUCACAACACACUCGACCAUUUUAUUAAAACUUGUGUGUCGCUCUCAAAUUGAUACUAAAAACCCGGAACGGAGGGAGUAAUAAUCUCGCUAGAGCAUCGAUUGUCUCAAAAUCAAUUCGACCUUAUUUAAGAGGCUAGUGCCUCUUCAGAAAAGAAGAAAUGGCAAAUUCCGGCGUGAAUGGCGGCAAAGUGCGCGUGGAAGGAAUUCAAACGGUGGUUCCAACAAAGCCAACUGAUCCGAGGCAACUAUCAAGCAGAAUCGCGGCGACUGUGAUCAGCUCCACGGCGGCGCUGCAGCGGCGCUUCCACGUGGUCCUCUGCUACAACAAGGCCUCCUCCGACGACUCCGGAUGGGUGGUGGCCGGGCGGAUAAAGGAGUCGCUGGGAAGAGCCAUGCAGGAGCAGCCCUUGCUCGCCGGGAGGCUGCGGUGGUGCCAAGAGACUGAUAAUUUUUUGCAGAUUGUGUCGAAUGAUUCCGGCGCUCGAUUGGUGGAGAGCAAGGCGGAGAUGGAGUUGGGUGCUUUUGUGGCAAUGGAGGAGAAGAGAGAAGCCCUAGCUCAGCUUGUUUUCUGGGAGGAUCUUCUUCACCAUACCCCUCACUUUUCUCCACUCUUUUAUGUCCAGGUGACAAACUUCAGAUGUGGAGGAUACUCAAUUGGGAUAAGCUGCAGCCUCCUCCUUGCUGAUCCCUUUGCCCUAACAGCCAUCAUCAAGAAAUGGGCCAAUCUCCACAGCAAGUUAGUUUCAACAAAUGAAAUUCCCCAAAUCCCCACAUUCUACCUCCCCAAUCAUGGGACACCACCCUCUUCUCCAUCUCUGCUGAUGGGAUCCAACACAGCCAAAGACGCUGCCGAGAGUGUCAUCUUCAAGAUCCCAGCAAAGGUCCUCGAUUCCGACAGCAAGAAUCUCGCUGCGUUGUGCGUGCAAGAGGCCGAGCGCGACGUCGGUCGAGAGCUCGCCCCAAGCUUGUCUCUGCUUGUGAAAGUGACUUCUUCUGAUGAGGAUGAUAGGGUUGAAGCCUGGUCGAGGCAAGGGCUGUUGGAGUGUUUGAAACUAGGUUACAGUGUGAAUGGAAUGAGAUGUGCUAGAACAUGGGAUGAACUGGGAUUGGACAGCAUAUGUUUCAGUGAAGGAAACAAGCCUGUUUAUGCCUCGUGUUGGAUCAACUCAGUGGUUGAUGAAGGAUCUGUGAUCGUUGUGCCAUCAGUAGAUCAAGGAGUUCAGGUUGUGGUCACGUACACUUAAAAAUGUGGUCGUAAAAUGUUCGAGUCCCCUGUGGCGCGACCUUAAAAUUUCUUUAUUUAAUACUGUUAGUUUAUCUCUAUUUCUCUAUAUAGACAUGAAAUUAUUUAAAUGAGAACCAUUCGUUAUUGUGAGAUAAUGUACUCUAUUAUAUUAUCAUUAUGUGGACAAUUCGCAAGUAUUAGUCGAUGUACUUUUUUAUGUUAGUAUAACAUCAUUCGGUGUA